AUGAUGACGAAAAGUAAGGUCAAAAUACUGUUAGCGCUUUUCAUUGCUGGCGGUGUGUUGCAUCUCGUCGUCGAUAAGGGUCAGUUGAUUUACAACAAUUUCGAUCGUAUCAGCACUUAUGUGGACAACGAUCCGUUAGAAUAUGUACUAGCAAAUACGGCUACUCAUCUCGAUGAUGAGGAAAACCACUCUACGUUGCCGUACUUGUUCAGCGACGCUUCCACCGGCACUCGCCUCCCGCAUGUAGACAAAAUAUUGAUUGGAAACGAUACUGAUGGUGAAGGUUUCUCAAAUAUCACGUAUCCGUUGACAUUUCAACCACUGGAGCUGGAAUCGUGUCCUUUGGCGCCACCACGUCUUGUUGGACCCAUUAGAGUAUGGAUGGAUGCGCCAACAUUCUCUUCACUUGAAAAACUCUAUCCACACCUAGAACGUGGUGGCCAUGGACAACCAAAGGAGUGCAGAUCGCGACAUAGGGUGGCGGUUAUUGUACCGUAUCGUGACCGCGAGUCUCAUCUACGCAUAAUGCUCCAUAAUCUGCAUUCGUUUCUCACAAAACAACAACUCGACUACGCGAUUAUUGUUGUCGAGCAAAUUGCCAACCAGACUUUUAAUCGGGCAAAACUAAUGAAUGUUGGGUUUGCCGAGGGCAUGAAACUCUACCCAUGGCAGUGCUUCAUUUUUCACGAUGUGGAUCUUCUACCUGAGGAUGAUCGAAACUUAUACUCCUGUCCAACGAUUCCCCGACAUAUGAGUGUGGCUGUGGAUAAAUUCAAUUAUCGGCUUCCGUAUACUUCAAUAUUUGGAGGUAUUAGUGCAAUGACUGUCGAGCAAUUACAAUCCAUAAACGGUUUCUCAAAUCGAUAUUGGGGAUGGGGAGGAGAGGACGAUGAUCUUGCUGAAAGAGUCUCUACAGUCGGCUAUAAAAUAGCACGUUAUCCAGCAGAGAUUGCGCGCUACAAAAUGAUUAAGCAUGUUCACGAGGAAAAAAGUAAUCCUGUGAAUAGUUGUCGAUACAAGUUGAUGGCUCGAACGAAAAAGGAUUGGAGAAGUGACGGUCUCAACUCGCUCAAAUACAGGGUAGUGAAAGUUGAACUCUUGCCACUG